GCCCCUCAUAGGUCUAGAGCACAUCUUAUUGAUCAGUCAUCUGUGGAUGGACAUUUUGCUGGUUUCCACCUGGGAGCCAUCGUAAAGGUACUGCACUGAAUAUUGGUGUCUUGUACCUGCUUUUAACACCUCUGUAUUCUCUUUCUCUCUCUAGCUCCAGCUUCUCUGGACCGAGUGUCUUCAGCAAAAUCAGCAUGAUGCAGACUGGUUGGUUCUUAAAUUGCCAAAGUGUGGCUGAUAGCCCCGUGUCGUUUGCGGACGUGGCCGUAGACUUCUCGCACGAGGAGUGGGACUGCCUGGACACUGCGCAGAGGGCGCUGUACUGGGAGGUGAUGCUGGAGAACUACGGCAACCUCGUCUCCGUCCAUUGGGUGUCAUCUUUUGAGAGCGGGAAUUUAUCUGCAGUGAAGGACAUUUAUGAACUGAGUUUCUCCCGAUGGAGUAACCGUCGAAAAAACAAAGCCGAAAAGUCAAAGCACGCAGCAGGUGAGUUGAAAGUCCCACAGAGUCGUCCAGAGCGCUACGUACGUCAAAUGAUCGUCAACUUUGAAAACCCGCCCACUGGCACAGAAAGUACCCCUGAUAGAUCACCACAGAAGUCUCCUAUGAGAGAGAAUUCCUAUGAGUGUAAGGAGUGUGGAAAGGCCUUUAGUCGUGGUUAUCAGCUUGCUCAGCACCAGAAAAUCCACACUGGUGAGAAGCCUUAUGAAUGUAAGGACUGUAAGAAGUCCUUCCGCUGGGUCAAUCAGCUUACUCAGCACCAGAAAAUCCACACUGGUGAGAAGCCUUAUGAGUGUCAAGACUGUGGGAAAGCCUUCCGUUGGGGCUCGAGCCUUGUGAUUCAUAGGAGAAUUCACACUGGCGAGAAACCCUAUAAGUGUAAAGAGUGUGGGAAGGCCUUUAGGCGUGGUGAUGAACUCACUCAGCACCAGAGGUUUCACACUGGGGAGAAAGACUAUGAGUGUAAAGACUGUGGCAAGACCUUCAGCCGGGUGUAUAAGCUCAUUCAGCACAAGAGAAUCCACAGUGGUGAUAAGCCCUAUGAAUGUAAAGACUGUGGGAAGGCCUUUAUUUGUGGUUCAAGCCUCAUUCAGCAUAAAAGGAUUCAUACUGGUGAGAAGCCCUUUGAAUGCCCAGAGUGUGGCAAGGCCUUCACUCGUGUGAAUUACCUUACUCAGCACCAGAAAAUCCACACUGGUGAGAAACCUCAUGAGUGUAAGGAAUGUGGGAAAGCCUUCCGUUGGGGCUCAAGCCUUGUCAAACAUGAGAGAAUCCAUACGGGUGAAAAGCCCUAUACGUGUAAGCAGUGUGGGAAGGGCUUUAAUUGCGGCUAUCACCUUACUCAGCAUGAGAGAAUCCAUACUGGUGAGAUGCCGUACAAAUGUAAGGAAUGUGGGAAGGCUUUUAUUUAUGGGUCCAGCCUCGUUAAGCACGAGCGAAUCCAUACAGGCACAAAGCCCCACAAGUGUGGUGAAUGUGAGAAGGCCUUUGGUCACCGCCACCAACUGAUACAGCAUCAGAAAGUCCACCAGAAGGGCAGGCAUGAAGAAUGUGGGGCGUGUGGGAAGGCAUUCUAUAACCUAACCCUACUUAAAGAACAUGAGAGAACUCAUACUGCAAAAAAACCUGUUGCACCCCAAGAACAUCCAAGCACUUCUAUACAACCAUUACGCCUUUCUGACCCCAAGGGGAAUUCAUGGUAAGAUUUAACAUAAGAAAGCCUUCAAUGGUCACUCUUCUGUUUACAGAACAUCAGAGUAGCCAUUAAAAAAAUAAACAAACAACAACACUAAAACACCCC